CCCUGGAGGAGCAGGAGCUCCCAUGGCCACCAAAGGAGUUUAGAGGACUUCGGGGGCUUGGUCGGGAUCCGGAGGCGGUGCCCCUGCUCCGGCCCAGCCCUGGCCUUGAUGGGCAACCAACUGGACCGCAUCACCCACCUGAGUUACAGCGAGCUGCCAACAGGGGACCCUUCAGGGAUCGAGAAGGACGAGCUCCGCGUCGGGGUGGCUUACUUCUUCUCGGAUGAGGAGGAGGACCUGGACGAGCGUGGCGGAGGGCAGCCAGAGACCAAGUACAGUGCCGUGAAGGGCUCCUCCAGCAGCAGCCCAGCCCAGGAGACCCCCACUCACCAUCAUCCCCACCACCACCACCUUCACCACCACCACCACCAUCUUCACCACCAGUUGGUGCUGAGCGAGCCCCAGUUUUCCGCCUUCCGGGGCCCAGAAUGCAUCUUCUCCAAGGGGAGCGGUGGCGGCGGCGGGGACCCCCAGGCCGGGGGGGACCUGAGUGUCUACCCAGCUUCAGCUUUGCCAGCCCUCUGCCAGCCGGGCGACCUGGUGGAGCUGCUGUGGCUGGCCCCUACGCCUCCGGAGCCCCCUCCUCCACCCCACUGGGCUGUCUAUGUGGGCGCCGGGCAGGCCAUCCACUUGCACCAGGGCCAGAUCCGCCAGGACAGCGUGGGCCAGCUGGGCCAGGUGGGCCGGGUGGUAAGUAACUGGUACCGCUACCGCCCUCUGGUGGCCGACCUGGUAGUGCAGAACGCCUCAGGCCACCUGGGCCUCAAGAGCCCCGAGAUCUGCUGGACGAACUCUGAGAGCUUUGCCGCCUGGUGCCGCUUCGGCAAGCGGGAGUUCAAGGCUGGCGGUGAGCUCCAGCCAGCCCCAGGGUCCCCCCAGCAGAAGCAGCAGCAGCAAUACUACUAUCUCAAGGUCCACCUGGCCGAUGACAAGGUCCACACGGGCCGCUUCCAAAGCCUGGAGGAGCUCAUCAGGGAGAAGCGCCGCAUCGAUGCCACUGGGCGGCUGAGGGUCCUCAAGGAGAUGGCCAUCAGGGAUGGCAAAGAGUGACAACCACAAUCACAAUCCACAACACCAGGGGGCAUGUGGAGCAGCUUUUCCAGGCACCAUCAGACCUCCUUCUGCUGCUGUUGCUAAGAGGAUAGGGGCAUCAUCGGACCCUCUGCUGCUGCUGCUGCUGCUGCUACUGCCACCAGACUGGCCACCUGGUUGGCACCCCUUUCCCUCUACCUUCUCUCCUCCUUUUGCUCCUUGGAGGGGGAAACCUGCAGACAAGAUGCCAUGGCCCCAGGCACCAUCAGACCCCCUUCUUCUGCUGCUGCUGCUACCAGACUGGCCAUCUGGUUUGGCACCCCCUUCCCUCUACUUUCCCUCCUCCUUUUGCUCCUUGGAGGGGGAAACCUGCAGACAAGAUGUGCCCACUUUCCUCCUCUAGCCCUUCCCUUGGCCAGCGCAUGGGGCACCUUAAUUGACAGCAAUGACCCUGGUGAUGGGGAGGAGGAAGGGACUGAGAUGUGGAUCUGGGGAGGAAGGGGUACAGGCGGAAACCUCUGGGGGCACCAAGGGCCCUCAUGGCUCACCAUGUUGAUCCAUACUUAACAAUAAUAAUAAUAAAAAUCAAAUGGAUUCCCCUUU